AUAAAUUUGUUAAUUUAUUGUAUUCAUUAAAAAGGAUACAAAAAUAAAAGAGAGAACCAGAGUGGCCGGGGGCUCUCUUCGUAUUCCUCUGCAUGUGAUCCAUUUCUUCGACGUCCUUCUUUAGACUGUUUCCUGUGAAAAUUUUGGAUGAGAAAUCAAAACUUGCGAAAAACAAAAUGGGUUUGAUUCAGCUUAUCAAAUCAAUUAAUUGGGAAGAAGAAGAUUAUCCUGCUCAAGAAGAUUUCAUUGUCCUUCCUUUCUUUUUUAUGUUUUUCCCCUCUGUUCGGUUCUUUCUCGAUAGGGUUCUGUUUGAGAGAGUUGGAAGGCAGUUGAUUUUUGGAAAGGGAUAUCAGAUGCUAGAUACCAAUAAAACAGACAACAAGAAUAAGGUUAUAAAAUUUAAGGAGUCAGCUUGGAAAUGCAUUUACUUUCUCUCUGCAGAAUUUCUGGCUCUCUAUGUAACUUCUAAGGAGCCCUGGUUUAACAAUACAAGACACUUUUGGGUAGGGCCAGGGGAUCAGGUCUGGCCUGAUCAAAAAAUUAAAUUGAAAUUAAAGGGACUUUAUAUGUAUGCUGCUGGGUUUUAUACAUACUCUAUAUUUGCUUUAAUUUUCUGGGAAACAAGGCGUUCUGACUUUGGAGUCUUAAUGGGUCAUCAUUUUGCAACUGUCACCCUCAUUGUGCUAUCUUACAUUUUUAGAUUUGGCCGUGUCGGUUCAGUUGUUUUAGCAAUUCAUGAUGCUAGCGAUGUAUUUUUGGAGAUAGGGAAGAUGAGCAAAUAUUGUGGUGCUGAAAAACUCACUAGCAUUGCAUUCAUAGUUUUUGUUUUGUCAUGGAUCUUACUGCGCCUCAUAUACUUCCCUUUCUGGGUCCUAUGGAGUACAAGCUAUGAAGUUGUCCAGGCAUUGGACAAGGAAAAGCAUCCAGUGGUUGGACCAAUUUGUUAUUAUCUGUUCAACACACUUCUAUUUUGCCUGCUUGUUCUUCAUAUUUAUUGGUGGGUACUGAUGUAUCGAAUGCUAGUCAACCAAAUCCAAGCUGGAGGCAAAAUUAGUGAAGAUGUUAGAUCUGAUUCUGAAGAUGAACAUGAAGAUUGAUCCAAAAACAAGCAAUAGGGCCUCGGAAGGACUCAUGAAAAGAUGGAGAACAUCCCUGGCUUAAACAUCGAUAUUUCUUUCAAGUUCAAUGAAAUACGCACGUUUCCUUGUAAUAGAAGGAAACUUUAUAUUGUUUCAUGAUGAAGGAUGGGAAUGGAGUAAGUUUAGUUGUUGAUUUUUGAUGUCCGGCUUUGGCACCUUCACAAUAUGGGGUUUAGGUCAGUUGGGUCACCAGUAAAUUUUUUGCUGUUAAGAUAACAUGUCUACCAUGAAAACCUAAUUCAUCAACAUGAAGAUAAGUCGUCAGCCAGAUUAAGGGUUAUCUUACGGUUUCAAAAUUUUUGCCCUUAAAACCAAUUGAUCCCUUUAGUCUUAGUUCAGUUGAAGUUUGAUUACAUUAUUGUAGACUCGAGUGUCAAAGCUUAUGAAACUGUCAUUAACAUGGUACCAAA